ACCAUUCUGAAACAGCAACGCUAAAGCACAUCGCGGCUUGCAAAGCGAUAGCUGCAGACGACAACGGCAAGCCCCCGCCACGGGCUAAAUUGGAUUUCGCUCCGGUCGCUUACGGACGUCCGUGCUUUGGGGAAACAGCUCCUCACCUUUGUAUUUGCAGGCGUUCCUGUUGCACUCUGGCUGUGCUAAGAUCGGAGGGGAGAGUCGCGGGCGAAGGACCAUGUGGUGAAAAGGACCUGUGAGCCGAGGAAGCUGUCGAGCCACCACGACACGCGCGCGCUUUACGGGGAGGGGAAAUCGUGGGUCUGGAAAGGAAAAGAAAGCUCCCAAGUUGGCGGCAGGCAGGACAGGACAGGACGGAACCGACCGUGCCUUUUUUUUGCAAAUACUCUUUUUCGAAGCCCUUCCGCGGCUCACAGGCGACGCUCUCCAGCAGUAUGGAUGCAGCGUGGGAUUGAAUUGUUGUGGAUCGAACGGAACCAGUUUUGCGAAACCAGCUUGAUCUCCUUUACCUGGCAGCCAAAAAUAAAAUAAAAUAUCGCCUCCUCUGGAUUCCCUGUAGCUGAGUGCCUGUCGGCUCGGCGGAGAAAACUGUUUGCUUCACGAACAAGUAACUUUGGAGAGGAGAGGCGGGCAACGCACCCCAUUGAAUGUUUAAGCUUCGGGAAGAAGGGUGUUUGGGGAGCAGGCAAGUUGGAUUUCCUUCUGCUCAGGAAGCAAGGCUUGGUGGUUGCCGUGUGUGCGUAGCAGGAGAGAAGAACACAGAACUUGGCCUCGCCAAUCAAAGGGGAGUUAGAGAUCAAGGACUGGGGGCGAGCCCCUCUCAAUUGGGAAUGAGUUCUCCAGCGUUUUAAGACUUGUCGCACGCUGCCUUAUGGAUCUAACUUAGCAGGGCGGUGCUUUCACGCGGAUUUGCCAUUCAAAUACGACUUCAGAUGCAUGCCAGGUUCCUGGUGAAUGCCAGAAGUAGAGAUCACUACAGAUGGAGUCCCAAGGUCAACAUGGCAGUGGCAGUUCAUUAAUUGUCCUUCAGCAGCCUUCUUUGGAUAGCAGGCAAAGGGUAGACUAUGAAAGAGAGGUCCAGCCAACAGCUAUCUUGUCCCUGGACCAGAUCAAGACCAUCAGGGGCAGCAACGAGUACACUGAAGGCCCAUCUGUGGUGAAAAAGUCUGCUCCACGGACAGCGCCUAGGCAAGAAAAGCAUGAAAGGACUCAUGAAAUCAUACCAAUUAAUGUGAAUAAUAAUUAUGAGCACAGACCCAACCAUCCUGGUCACUUGCUGCAUCAACAUAACUCGAGGGCCCCUGUGUUGAGUAGAUCUACGAGCACUGGGAGCGCAGCUAGUUCUGGAAGCAACAGCAGCGCAUCUUCAGAGCAGGGCCUGCUGCUGAGGUUACCCCCAUCUAGGCCAGGGCCAGGCCACAGGUCUGAAAGGCCAAUCUGGACGCAGCCCAAGCCGUCAACUCUAAUUGUAGAUGAACUGACGGGUCCCUUAAAAGAGGACUUGACGCAGUACAAAUUUAUCUGUGAACAGUGCGGGAAGUGCAAAUGUGGAGAGUGCACAGCACCCAGGGCCUUGCCAUCUUGCUUGGCCUGCAACAGGCAGUGCUUGUGCUCAGCAGAGAGUAUGGUGGAAUACAGCACUUGUAUGUGCCUGGUCAAAGGGAUCUUCUACCACUGUUCCAAUGAUGAUGAAGGGGACUCUUAUGCGGAUAAUCCUUGCUCUUGUUCUCAGUCACAUUGCUGGUCUAGGUACUUAUGCAUGGGAGCUAUAUCCUUGGUUUUGCCUUGUUUGCUCUGCUAUCCUCCUGCAAAAGGAUGCCUAAAACUGUGUCGAGGGUGUUAUGACAGGAUCAAUCGUCCAGGUUGCCGAUGUAAGAACUCCAACACUGUUUAUUGUAAGCUGGAAAGUUGCCCCUCUAGGGGUCAAGGCAAGCCCUCAUGAUUUAUGGAGGGAAAUGUUCGGUUCCUCAGACUCUUUCAGGUUGUGGCUGGCUUUUCUGUCUUGAUUGUUUCCCACCAAUCCAUCCUCCCCAUCAUUUUCUGUUCUUCCUCUAAUGUUCUUUCUUUCCUAUGCUGUAGUUUCUUUCAACCAGGGUAAAUCAGAGUGUUUCCUUGGUGUUCAGCAAGUGUGGCCCACAUACUUGCAUCUCAGUUCUUGACUUGGCAAGUAGUCUCAGGUUUGUGAGUAAUCCACUCCUGAAAGAAGUAAUGAGGGUAAUGGGCCAUUCUGAAGCCAUAUUACUCUGCAGACAACUUUCCAAAGAUGCUGUUUUGUUUGUUCUCUGCAACUCCUUUUUCACCACCCCACGCUUUCUUAAUGCCUUCCAAGCAAUUAUUUCAAGGUUUUUUCCCAUGAAAGAGUUGGAUUAUGAAACUUUUUUUUUUUUAAGGAAGCAUUUGUUAUAGUUGGUUUGGAAUUUAGUAAACCUUUUUCCCUGCCUUUUCUUCUUAGUGCAUCCUGCUUUUUCCUCUUCCUCCUUUAAAAAUUUCUGAGUCCAGUCUCUUGGGAUCCUUAUUUUAUUUAGAUUGGCUCCUUCACCUGUUAUUGCUUACUAGAAGGAUCUGCACACUGAAGACGUAAUGGCUUCAGAUUGCUUCAUUAGUUUCUAUAGCUUUUAUAUAUGUGCAGGGCCUUUUUGUUUUACGUCUCCGUUCUUUUGAUACUAAAGUUGUUGGUUUCUGCACAUCUGAGAAAUAAUCUUUGGGUAUCAUAAGUUUUAAGUUGUAUAAACAUUCUUUAGCCUCUUAACAUUUCUGUAUUUCUGUGGUUUAACAACAUUUAACUCAACCCUGUGCUUUCGUAACUU